AAGUCUAGGGUUUUGCAUCUCCCCUUCAUUUCGAGUUAUCCCAAGCCCACGACGAGCCGCCCCUUCCUCCCUUCCCGCCUCGCCCGCCAUCGCCGAGGCGGCGGCCGCGCGCGGCGAGCGGGAGCGUCUCGCCGAGCUUCUGGGCGGUUGCCGCCCGGCGCCCCGUCGCCUCGGCACCAGCAGUCCUGCGAGCUGCGGCGGCGGCGGCGGCCGCGGCGGGGUUGGAACCUGAAUCCUAGCGGUUGACGAGGCACAUAGCAUUGCAGAGAUACAUGGCGGUGAGGCAGGCAUGCCGGAGAGAGCAGUGGUGUAAGUGGCGAUGGUAGAGGCAUGGUAGACAUGGCUGGAGAGGAGCGGUGGUGUGUGACGACUGGCAGCGAUGGUGCAGGAUACAAGGCAUACCAGGAGCAGCGCCUGCUUAGGAAGCUUUUGACGGAUCAAGAAGUAAAUUUUCAUCAGUCCGUGCUGAAUAUAAUUGAGCUUACAUGGCUAUGCUGCAAAGUGAUUCAUCACAUCAUGGAUUUGUAGAAAAUGGCCCCAAUGAAAUUACCCAGGGUAGGCAUGGGGAAGCUGGCCAACUUGGUGCUUCUUGGUAUUUCAGUAGAAAGGAAAUAGAAGAAAAUUCUCCGUCCAGGAGGGAUGGCAUUGAUUUGAAGAAAGAGUCGUACCUUCGAAGGUCAUAUUGCAGUUUUCUACAAGAUUUGGGCAUGAAGCUUAAAGUGCCUCAAGUGACUAUUGCUACAGCUAUGGUAUUCUGUCACCGUUUUUACCUUCGCCAAUCCCAUGCAAAAAAUGAUAGACGAACAAUUGCCACAGUUUGCAUGUUCUUGGCUGGAAAAGUCGAAGAAACACCUAGGCCUUUGAAGGAUGUCAUCAUGGUUUCUUAUGAGAUUAUUCAUAAGAAGGAUCCUGCUGCUGGUCAGAGAAUCAAGCAGAGGGAAAUAUAUGAUAAACAAAAAGAACUUAUUCUACUUGGAGAGCGAGCUGUACUUGUAACACUUGGGUUUGACCUGAAUAUUCACCAUGCUUACAAGCCCUUAGUUGAAGCAAUAAGGAGAUUCAACGUUGGCAAAAAUGCACUACCUCAGGUUGCCUGGAAUUUUGUAAAUGAUGGGCUGCGUACCUCGCUUUGCCUACAAUUCGAGCCUCAUCAUAUUGCAGCAGGUGCUAUCUUUUUGGCUACUAAAUUUCUCAAAGUGAAGCUUCCAUCUGAUGGUGAUAAGGUUUGGUGGCAGGAAUUUGAUGUGACACCACGACAGCUUGAAGGUUGGUUCAAUGGUCCUUGUAUGCAAAAGGUUAGCAAUCAAAUGUUGGAGCUGUAUGAGCAAAACCGUGAACCAUCACAGGCAAACGAAGCUGAAGGGAGCUCUGCUGGUGUGCGUAAUCAACGGUCCUCUGUAAAAUUUGAAGGAAACUCCAAGGAACCAUCUGCUCAUGGAUAUCAGCAGGCAUCCAAACAGGCAAAUUCGAGGCAUACUUCCUCAACAGUUGCUCCAGGUCACCAUGACGCAGAGCCCACAAAUCCAGACAAGCAAAUUUCUGGCUGCAAAGUUCUUCAAAAUGACAAUGGUGACCAUGGUGGCAGCAAAGAAAGGAGCAGUCAGAGUGGAGGUAGAAUUGAUGCUUGUAUGUACAGUUCACAUCAUGACAAAAGAUCCUUGCCAGGACAUCAGUGUUCCAAGUCCAGUUAUGAGUCUGAUCAUCGAAUAGAAGAGCAUAAACCACAUCGAUCACAUGAUAAUUCCAAUGAUACAAUAGAUGGUAUUCUCAAUGGCAAUGAAGCUCCUAGUGCGUCAUCCUCCAUGAUGGAUGCAAUGAAUAAAAUUGACAAGGAUAAGGUAAAAGCUGCUUUGGAGAAGCGAAGAAAAUCGAAAGGUGAUGUUGCUGUGAAGGCAAAUGUGAUGGAUGAUGAUGAUCUACUUGAGGGGGAGCUAGAACAUGGUGUUGAAUUGGCUAUUGAGGUUGAGAAGAUCAAGCAGGAUAUGAGCCAGAACUUGUCCCAUGGUAUGCAUCGAGGGGAUAACCAAAAUACUGAUCAAGUUGCAGAGAAUGGGCACCAUGGCAAGCAUAAUGUGCCAACGGCUGCUGAAGAUGGUGAAUUUCCAAUGGGCAGUAAAGGACAACAUUCUCCACAGCUUGCCAAGCAAAAUGAUGUUCUCGAGCAUAAGUCCCAGCAGUAUCAUCACACAUUGAAGGACCACAAGGGCCAUGAUGAUGGUCAGCUUGGUGGAAGGUACUACAAAAGGCCUAAGCUCGAAGGGUAGGUUCUGGAUGAUGAUGGGCCAAUGUGUGUGAUUUUGGACCAGUUUGCCGGAAACUGGUGAACUACAUGCAGUUGGCACGGAGUUCGUGAUCUGAUGGCCAACACAUCUUACUGACAUGUGCCUUCUCCUGUGCCUGAGGAUGCUGCAGUGCGACACAAUUUCUGCACUGUGGAACAUCAAGAUGUCCAUGUUUUUGUGAGGAUCUGUGUUUAAUGUUGAUCCUAGAUUAGUAGCAGGUAACGUUUUGAGGAAACUCGUGCUGGCAAUAUCUGAUGUUCUAACAAACAUUGGAAUAUAUGCACUGAAGCACGCUUCUGAUCGCAUUUGCCUUUAUUUCUUACAUGUGAUGUUUUAGUUAAAGUGAUGCGAAUGUUUCGAUAAGGCGUACCAUUCAUUGCAUAUA